UGUUAUAAAGACAUGGGCAACACUCAGGUUCAGCCUGCAGAGGAAGCCUUCUGCGACCUGGUCACACAUCAAAGUCUACAGGUGGUCCAGCUCUACGUGAUGCCGUCCUUCUUCCUGGCGGUGCUCAUCCUUGGGCUCCCCCUCAACCUGCUUUCCCUCUGGGUUUUCCUCCACCGCCUGCGGCGCUGGACCCGCAGCACGGUGUUCCUCUUCAACCUGACCCUGGCUGACACCUCGUGGCUGCUGGCCUUGCCGUACCUCAUCAACUACCACCUGGACCAGCUGUACUGGAAGUUGGGGAUCUCGCUCUGCAUGGCUGUGAGGAUGUUUUACCACAAGUACUUCUACCUCAGCAUCUUCUUCAUCACCUGCAUCAGUGUGGACCGGUACCUGGCCAUCGUGCACCCGCUGCGCUCUCUGGUGCUGCUGGGCCGGAGACAGACCUGCCUGUUGUGUGUGGCGGUCUGGGUGGCCUAUCUGGUCCUCAGCAUACCUGUUGCCAGUAUGAGUGUGAUCCAGACUUGCCCCGGGAGCAACCGCACCGUCUGCCCCCUGUACGUACUGCUGAGCGAGACCGGGGGGAGCCUGUCCUAUUCCCUCUUUUGUUCCAUCGUCGGCUUCCUCUUCCCGCUGCUCUCCAUCUGCUACUGCGGCCUGCGCAGCGUCAGAGAGCUGCGCCACCGCUCCUGCCGCCCCGACCCGCUCAACAAGCAGCGGCGGCUCCGGCGGGUGCUGAGCGCAGCGCUGGUUUUCUUCGCCCUGUUUUACGUGCCCUACCACCUGAGCCGCAACGCGGCCAUCGUGAUGCGGGUGGUCUAUCCUCACAGCCCCGCCUCCUGGCGGCGCGCAGACCUGGCCUUCGCCCUGGAGAUGUGCUUCUGCAGCCUCAUUUCCUGCGUGAACCCUCUGUUCAGCUGCUUCAUAGGCCGCCAGUUCAGGAAGGAAUUUCGCAGCCCUUUUGCUGCCAUGUUUUCCCAGUGUCCAGGCACGCAGGUGGCCUCAAUGAUAUCCAAGCGGACCCGGAUGACGGUGAGGAAAAGGCCGCGGAUAUCUACUGUCACACCUGCGUGCGCACUGUCUGCACCUGGAUCCCAGUGAGCUGUAGAAAUAACUCAGUAAUGUUUUUUGAAAUUGUAUAGAAAACCUCUGUAUGUCCUCUGUUUGAUCAACCGCUUUCUUUGAUUGGAGGAACAAGAUAAAUACACUAUAUGAAACAAUGUCUCCGUUAUCUCAUUGAAUCUCAUAUCAGUUUAGUCUCCUUAACUUCCUUACACAACACUGCCUCUCCGUGGUUGACUGCAUACUGUACUUCACGGUCUGGUUCCACGUGUGUGAAUACUGUUUCUGUCAUUCAGUGAAAACAUUUUUUACAAUCCUCAGUUUAUUCAACAAAUCUUUCUAUAAAUGGGGCCACGUAUAGGUUGAACCGUGUCUGUAAGCGCAGCAGG